UAUCCUUCUCUCUUUUCGUUCUUAUUUCAUUUUUGCCUGUUCUUUACUUGCACCAGCAGCAGUAUUACUAUCUCCUCCCAAACCUAAUCCAUCAUUCCUUUUCUUACUGAAAAACGGCUUUUCUGCAAAAUCUCUAAUUGGUAUGCAUAUGCUUUUGGGCUCAUCUAGUUGUUGAGGUUCAUUGCAGGCAGCAAACUGGAACUCCAUAUUCCUGACCCACCUCUCAAAGGCAACAAGAAGUGUGUGAUGGAUAAAGAAGGCCUUGUUUACACUCUGGAUGAGGGACUUGUUGCUGUGGGGUUUGGGAAGUUCCAAGCUCUUGUGCUUGUUUAUGCUGGGCUUGGUUAUUUUGCAGAAGCAAUGGAAAUUAUGAUUCUCUCUUUUGUGGGAUUGGCAGUUAAGACAGAGUGGGGACUCUCCUCAGGCCAAGAGAGUCUACUGACAACUGUUGUUUUUGCUGGCAUGCUAAUUGGAGCAAAUUCCUGGGGCCUUCUGUCAGACAAAUAUGGAAGGAGGAAGGGUCUUCUGGGCUCGACUAUACUAACUAGUAUAGCUGGAUUGAUGAGUACUUUCUCCCCAAAUUAUACAUACCUGGUGAUUCUUCGUUUUUUGGUUGGAAUUGGCCUGGCUGGUGGACCAGUGUUCUCUUCUUGGUUUCUUGAGUUUGUUCCUUCUUCAAACAGAGGCAUGUGGAUGGUUGUUUUCUCAACUUUCUGGACAUUUGGAACAAUUUUUGAGGCUUCACUUGCAUGGAUUGUGAUGCCAAGAAUGAGUUGGAGAUGGUUACUUGCUUUCUCCUCUCUGCCAUCAAUUGCUCUACUUCUCUUUUAUCAUCUUGCACCAGAGUCUCCACGGUAUCUAUGCAUGAAAGGUAGAAUAAGCGAUGCACAUAAAAUUCUGGAGAAAAUAGCUCUACUCAACCAAACAAAACUCCCAACUGGGAUGCUUGUUUCUGAUACAACUGGAUUGGAAGAAGAAUCAUGCUCGGCAAGCUAUAAUCCUCUACUUUCCUCUGCGAGAGAAAAAGUCUCGAGUCCUAAAUCAUCCUUCUUUACACUUUUCUCGACAAAAUUACUUCAAACUACACUUCUCUUAUGGGUUUUAUACUUGGGAAAUGCAUUCUCAUAUUAUGGUAUUGUAUUGCUUACCUCAGAACUAAGUGGUCCACAAAGCAAAUGUAACUCAGGUAUCUUGCAUUUGGAAAAAAGCCUCCAGGAAGAGAGCCUGUACAUGGAUGUAUUUAUCACUAGUUUGGCAGAGCUUCCUGGUCUUCUUUUUUCUGCAAUAAUUGUGGAUCGAGUUGGUCGCAAGCUUUCAUUGACACUUAUGCUUGUAUUGGCUUCCAUUUUUCUUCUGCCACUCAUUUACCAUCAGCCCGCAAUUUUGAGAACAAUACUGUUAUUUGGAGCUCGCAUGUGUGCCAUUGGAACCUUUACAGUUGCAUGCAUAUAUUGCCCAGAGCUAUACCCGACGUCGGUGAGGACAACCGGUGCUGGAGUAGCAAGUGCUGUGGGGAGGAUUGGGGGGAUGAUAUGCCCAGUUGUGGCUGUAGGACUGGUGAAUGGCUGCCAUGUCAAGGAGGCCAUAAUUCUGUUUGAGGUAGUAAUAGCUAUUUCAGUAGUUAGUGUUUUGUUGUUUCCAUUUGAAACCAAAGGACGUGAGCUGAGUGAUAGUAUAGCUGCAUUUCAUCCUUAACCAAUUCUUCAUUGACUAAACCUCAUCAAACCUCUUCAUCGUUGGACGAGGAAUAUGUGCAAUUAUGUGACAUAUGUAUCACCUUUAAGGGGAGGCGUGGAUGGGGUUUCUGUGCUUCUUCUUUUCUGAUUCUGGCUGAGGUGGAGGCGGUGGCGAUUGUUUGUUGCGCGGCACUGACUUGGGGUUGUUGGUCUGUGAAGUGGGCUGGGCUUUGGGGUUGGACCUGGGUUCUUGUUUGUGGAGUCGAGUCUUUCUUGUUUGUGUAUUUGGUCUGAUCGGACUUCUAAUGCAUUACACUUUGCUUA